UGGGCUGAAAUUAAUUAGAUUUCUUCUCAACAUCUCACUUCGUCAUGACAACCGUUAAAGAGCCAAAACCCCGUGUUUGUCGCCACUGCCGCGGCGCUCCACUCUCAACACCAGUCACCGCCCGCAACAGAAAAAGUUUUUUAUGAAGUUUCAUUCUUGAGAGAACCGGACCGCACCGGACUAGUCACCCCAGAGCGAUGCACCGCGCAAUUCACUGUUGUUUUUCUAGACACCGUUUGAGCAGCAUACAGAUAAGAAAACGUUUUUGUGAAAGAAAAAGCUGUCUGACAAACGUGCUGUGGUAGCAGUCAAAUCCCCUACACCAGUGUUUUUUAAAUGUUGGGUCUGGUCCCACUGGAGGGCUGCAACUGAUUCCUUUCAGGUCUGGAUCCUGGCACAAUAAGCAUUGGAGUUGGUGACAGCAGAAUCACUAUUCCACCAUUUUGUUAGUCAGUCCUUCACCCAGCAUAAGCCAUGUUCAGCCUGUCAGAGCUGGCCUCUCUGAGUGAGCGUCAGGGCAGCUCCAAGCUGCUGAAGCCCUGGUGGGAGGUCUUCAUGGAGUACCUGGUGGUGCUGAUGCUCAUGGUAUCUGUGUUGUCAGGCACCCUGUUGCUCUCUCGAGACAGGGUGGUGUGUCUCCCCCUGGACCUCACUACCACCUCCACUAACCAGAAUACCUCCUUCAGCAGUGGUGCCGUACCUCAACCCCACCCCCCUAACAGGCCCCCCACCAAACCAUCCCCCAUACCAGCCAGCCCUUGGACCCCUGCUAGGGGCAGACGCACUCACCUGGACUACCAGCAGUAUGUCUACAUUAGCCACGUGUGCUACCACAAGGCCCUGCCCUGGUACUCCCGCUUCUUCCCCUAUGUGGCUCUACUCCAGUCCCUGGUGCUAUUGGCCAGCGGUUGCUUCUGGUUCCACUUCCCCCUCACCUCCGCCCGCAUAGAGCACUUCCUGACCAUCCUGGCCAAGUGCUGUGAGUCUCCCUGGACCUCCCGCGCCCUGUCCCAUGCCGCCCGCCAGGAGGAGGGAGGGGAGGAGACAGGCCCCCAGGAUCUCCAAACGCCUCCUCCUACUCUCCUGUCUUCACCCUCCGUAACCCGCAACCGCCAGUCCAGCCUGGACUCAGGCACAGACAGCCCCCUGCUGGUGAGAUCGGAUAGCGCGUCCACUGCCGCCCCUCCCUCGCCCUGCCCCUCCACUCUCUCCCGGACUUCCUCUCUGUCCUCCAUGUCUCUGUCCCGGUCCCGUGUCCCGGCUUCCAAAUCCCCUGUGGUGCUGGAUGGUUCACGGCAGGUUGCCAGUUUGGACCGGCGUGACGGGGAGCAGGCCAGGGCACUGUUCGAGAGGGUGCGCCGCUUCCGCUCCCACUGUGAGAACUCUGAAGUCAUCUACAAGGUGUACUUGGCCCAGACGGUGUUCAAGCUGCUGCUGGUGGUGCUGAUAGUGGCCUACACCACCCCUCUGAUGAGCUCCAUCUCGUUCACCCACACCUGCCUGCCCCAGGCCCAUGCCCUGACUGGCUACAGUGCCUUUGAGUGUACCCAUGCCCUGGCCUCUGUCCUCCACAAGUUGCUGCUGGCCUACGUCAGCCUGGUGGGGCUCUUUGGCCUGCUGAGCAUCUACACCCUCAGCUGGAUCCUCCACAGCUCCCUGCGUCAAUACUCCUUUAACAAACUGAGGGAGCUGGGCUCCAUGAGGGAUGUCCCUGACUUAUGUAAUGACCUGGCCUUCCUGUUACACAUGGCUGACCAGUACGACCCCCUGCUGGCCCAGCGCCUUUCCGUCUUCCUGUCACCCGUCAGUGAGACACGCCUGCUGGAGGAGAGCCUGGAGAGGCGCUGGGGUGCCGAGAGGCUGCGCUCCAUGACCACGGUCGACCCAGAGGGACGGCCCCUGCUGCAGUUGGUGGCCCUGCCGCGCCUGCCCCCCGCCCUCUUCACCCUCAGCCAGCUGGUGGUGCUCAAGCUGGAGCUCAUCACAGACGCCAAGCUCCCCGCACAGGUGGCCAACAUGACCUCACUCAGGGAGCUUCAUUUGUACCACUGUACUGCAGCCAUGCAGCCUGGUGCUCUGGUGGUUCUGCAGGAGCGUCUGGAGGCCCUGCACCUCACCUUCACCCAGGCUGCAGAGAUCCCUGGCUGGGUCUACUCUCUCCGCGGCCUGCAGGAGCUGCACCUUUCUGGCCGGCUGGGCUGCGAGGGCGGGGUGGGCCGUGGCUGGGCCCUGGGAAGCCUCCGGCAGCUCCGUCACCUCCGGGUGCUGGUCCUGAGGGGCAUGCUGCAGCGUGUGCCCGGGGAGCUGGGGGAGUUGGCAGGGAGCCUGGUGAGGCUGGAGAUCCACAACGAGGGCUCCAGGCUGCUGGUGCUGACGGGCCUGCGGCGUGUGGCCGGCCUGACCGAGUUGCAGCUGCAGGACUGCCACCUGGAGCGCCUGCCCUCUGCCCUGCUGGCCCUCACCAGCCUGCGCACCCUGGACCUGCAGCACAACAGCCUGCGCACCCUGGAGGAGCUCCUAGGGCUGGCGCACCUCCGCCGCCUCUCCUGCCUCAGGCUGGCCCAUAACCGUGUUCUGGCCCUACCGGCUAGUGUUGGUGUACUGCGUGCUCUGGAACUCCUGGACCUGGGGUACAACCAGCUCCAGAGCCUUCCCCCGGCCCUCUUCAACCUCCACCACCUACGUCGCCUCCUACUGGCUGGAAACCUGCUGGACGAGCUGCCAGCAGAGGUAGGAGCGCUGACAUUUCUCACCGAGCUGGACCUGAGUGGGAACAGGCUGGAGAGUCUGCCUCCAGAGCUCUUCAGUCGCUGUUUGGAGCUGCGGAGCCUGAAUGUAUCCCACAACUCCUUGGGUUCCCUGCCUCCAGGGCUGAGCAACCUGAGCCAGCUGUCCCGCCUGGACCUGCGCAGCAACAGUCUGGAAGAGCUGCCCAUGGAGCUGGGCUGCUGUUCAGGACUGCAUGGAGAAGGUCUGCUGGUGGAGGACUGGCUGCUCCAUGCACUGCCACGACAUGUGAAGGAGUUCCUAACCCAGCCUGGCUCUCAUACCUGCAAAUCCUUAGAAUCACACUCCCGUCCAGACUCAGAUAGCUUCCCCUACUUCUCGGCUACCCAGUGGAGUUUCUCCUCCGCUCUGGAAUCACGGAUAUAGAACUGGAGAUUAAUAUUGUCUAACCUGUCAUAGAAUACAUUCAACAUAUUGUAGUGUUUGUAUUGUUUCGGACAAUUCACAUAUUUUUUUACUGCUUAUUUUAUUUCGGACAUUUUAUUUUUUACCACCUAUUUUUCUUCUUGACCACUCUUUUCUAUGUUUAUCACUUGUUGAGUUUGUGGGGUACAUCACUGCAGCGUUGACACAUCCACAAUCUUCCUAGACAAAAAGUGAUUUUACAUGAAAGUCCAUAGACUUUGCUGCAGUAAAACGUUUGAUACCUUAUGUCCCUGUACAGUUUAUAUAACAUCCAUAUACGUAACCCUGUGGAAAAACUGAGAAGUCUUUGCUUCCACUUUGAGAGUCCUCUAUUCAUUUCAUUUCAAGGUAAAAACAGUACUUGGAAGGAGGCUGCAUAAGACUGGAUGAAUGCAUGUCCUGCUACACUAGAUUAGACAUUGACAUGAAAUGAUUGUUAUUAUCUCCACGGUGGAGCUCAGGGAUCCCUCCACAGGCUUACAGAAACUCUGGGCUUUCUGGGACUUGUUUGUCUGAGGAGGACAAUACCCUGAGCUUCAAUGAGCUUAUGAAGUUUAAAGGCCUAAACUGUACAUGUGGAAAGACUGAAAUUGGACAGACUGACUUAAACAACCAAUAAGAUUAAAAUUAACAUUUAUUCCUACUUGUUUUGCACAUAUUUAAUCUUCAAAAAACUCAAAUUAAUCUUACUAGCAUUGGGUGCAAUCUUUUGUGAAGCUAAUACUGACGUGAAACUAAUACAAUAGUGUGCUUGUUCAGAACAUUAGCACUUUAUUGUGACUAUUGAAAUUAUUAAAACUUGUUAAACUUUUUUGUACAACUAAUAAUAUUAAUUACAGUACAUGCCCUUCUUGGUGCUGAUUGGGACUAUGUUAUCAUAACACCUACUUCGUAAUACAAAACACAUUCCAAUGAAUCGUUGCAAAAACAUUUGCCCCUUCGGGACAAAUACAUUUUAUUGAAUAAAUUAAGUGUGUGUGUGUGUGUGUGUUCUACUGUACACAAGACCAUGGUCAAACUUAUUGACUGAAUUAAUUUAAUAAACUAUGAAAGUCCCGCAUA